CAGUCAUACCAGCUUCUCUUAUUACCAAGAUUCUCAUACCGAGACCUCGAUGAUAAUGCUUCGGCCCAGAGUCAUAAUCCACUCGGGUGCUGCCGUCCCGUGGCCGAGUCUCUACCGGACGGCGGGAGGGCGGCUGCGGCUCCCCGUCAUGCUCCGGCCCCUUGCAUCAACCACCGACGAUAUGCUUUCGGAAAAUUCAGAUCGAGUAAUCUGCAGCCGCCCGUCAGUGGAAAUAAAAAUCACAAACCAUGUAAUCGGAACCUUGACAGUAUGUCAUCGAACAAGACAGGCGCCAUCCCUUUCCCAAGAAUUUGGAAGCUGUGUGUCAAAAUACGAGAUCAGCAAAGGGCACCCGAAAUCGGGCAUCAUUUUUUCAGGCGAUUUCCUCAUGCCUGAAUCGAGCUAUUGGAGACGAUUCGGGAAGCAAAGUCUCAGACGGAAUGCUGUUCCCCGUCGCCCAGCACUACCUACCGGGACCCUUGACGCGGCCCUCCCUUGGAGCUCACAGGCUCAUGGUUAUCUCGUCAGAGGAUGGAAAAAAAAUCCUGUUCAGCGAUCACUCAUGUGUCUCACAAGAAGAACCACUACCACGGAAUGGGUAAGCGAUUGCGCAAAGUCGAAGCGAGAGAUUCCCGAUCUCUGUGCCAGGGAUGAGGAGUUAUUCAAGAGUACCACAAGAACAUGCGGGGGCAUCUUCCAAAAAGAAAGCAUCAUUGAAUCACAUCUGAUAGAAAUUAUUCACAGUCGCUCAUGACCACUCAGUCACACUCAUCUUAAAUGCCGAUGAUGGUCUGAGCGGCAAUACACCAACAGCAGUUGGUCCAUCAUCCUCGCACUCGCAAAAGGACUCGUGGGCACUUACAUGAUCUCAAACCACGGCAGGGU